CUUUUUCUUUUCUUCUUUUACAUAUAUUAAAGCAAACACAAUAAGAUGGUUGUCCUAGCUGCUGCUGUGGUUACUAAGAGUGGAAAAGCUGUUAUUUCCCGUCAGUUUCACGAGAUGCAACGUUCUCGUAUCGAAGGCCUUUUAGCCUCUUUCCCUAAAUUGACAAGCACGGGUCAACAACACACCACUGUUGAAACAGAACACGUCCGUUUCGUUUAUCAACCUUUGGAUGACUUGUUUAUGGUCCUUAUUACUAACCGUCAGUCCAACAUUCUGCAAGAUAUUGAAUCUCUUCAUUUGUUUGCUCGUGUCGUCACUGAUAUUUGUCGUUCCUGUGACGAACAUCAUAUUCUUCGUAACGCCUUUGAAUUGUUGUGUGCUUUUGAUGAAAUUAUCUCAGUUGGCUACAGAGAAAAUGUCAAUUUGUCUCAAGUCAGAGGCUCUAUUCAAAUGGAAAGUCAUGAAGAAAGAAUUCAAGAAAUCAUUGCCAAGAACAAGGAACAAGAGGCCAAGGAAGAACUUAAGAGAAGAGCCAAACAAUUUGAGAUGCAAAGAAAGGAAGCUCAAAAGCGUGGUCAAGGUUUUAUGCAAGGCAACUUCAGCUCAAGCAGCAUGACUAUGGGCGGUUAUGGUGGUGGAAGUGGAUACUCUCCUUCUUCAGAAUCAUUACCUUCCAUGAGAGAUUCUCCUUCAUCAUACAGCCGCUCUUCUACUACUCCCAGCGCCCCUACUUCUACUUCCAAAGCAAAGGGUAUGCAAUUAGGCCGUAAACCCAAGGCUGCUGAUUUAUUUGAGGCUAUCAAGCCUGAUGUUGAAGAACCUCUCUUGUCAUCUCCUUCUAUUGGUCAAAAGGCUGUUUCGAGCGUAAAUCAAAAGGGUGUUCAUGUUGAUAUUGAAGAACACGUCUCAUUGACUGCUAACAAGGAUGGUGGUUUAGAACAAAUGGAAGUGAGAGGUGUAUUGACAUUAAAGAUCUCUGAUCCUUCAGCUGCACGUAUCAGCCUUGCCCUUGAAGCUGGCAACGACUCAUCUAUCCAAUUCAAGACCCAUCCCAACGUAGAUAAAGGCGCUUGGAAAGACCAAAGCAUUGUACAGAUGAGAGAUUUAUCACGACCUUUCCCUACAAAUCAAAAUUUGGAAGUUGUCAAGUGGAAGUUAUCUACUCGAGAUGAAACUGCUGUUCCUUUGACGGUCACUUGCUGGCCUUCUCCAGCUGAAAACGGUACUUCAGAUGUAAAUGUAGAAUACGAAUUGGAAAAUGAUGAUUUAGAAUUACGCGAUGUUGUGAUUUGUAUUCCUUUACCUGCCGAACCAACAGCCAAUGUUAGUCAAGCAGACGGAUCUUAUUUCGUUGAUCGUUCCAGAAGAGUGCUUGAAUGGCAACUUCCUGUCAUUAGUAGCUCAAAUAAGUCAGGUUUGUUGGAAUGCAAUAUUCCUGGCGAUGACUCGAAUGGAUUCUUCCCUGUCUCUGUAUCUUUUGUGAGCGACAAAUUAAUCAGUGGCGUUGAUAUCAAGCAUAUUGUCAAUGUCGAGAACAAUUCGGAUGCUUCUUUCUCUAGAGAGACUUUAAUGAGUACAGAUGACUAUAUUAUUGGAUAAAAUACUUUAAGUUCUUAUAUAAUAAAGAAAAUGAUAUAUGCUUUA